AAUCAAGCGUUUCAAUGUUAUCAAUUUCACCAUCAGUUGCAUCGUCGCUUGGAUAGCAGCAAGGUAUGCUGUCAAUGCCACUACUACUGCCAUUAUUACGAUCUCCAUCAGAGAAUGUCACAUAUGAAGAGGAAGGUCCAGGUUCUUGACACUCCGAAGAGGGAGAAGAGCUAACAUGCAUGUUGGUCCCGCCGAAUUUUCUUUUUUUGA